GUGGGGCUAAAGCAGGCUGGUCAUAUUUCAUUUCUGAAGGUCGUACUGAAUGCGGGGGACCUUUCCAACGUAGAGCAAGGGUUCAGAGGCUGGUCCGAUGCACAGGCACGUGGCUGACACAUCCGGGGGUGGUGGCUUGGCAGCCUGGUGGCAGGACCGCAGCUGUGAGCAGCUCUACCAAAGACCCUUGUAAACUCCAGUGCAGGGGUGAGGACACAGCCAGGUGUCAACCAGCUCUUUUGUGCGUGUGGUACCUUCAGACCCAUCUGUGUGCCCUCGGAAUGGCGUACACCUGGUAUUGGCUUGACGACUUCGAGCAGUGGAUCGAGUAUGGGAAACAGCAUCCGUAUCAUUCAUCUGCCACGGUAAAUUCUGCAGAUCUGGAGAAGGCAUUUCUAGCUGACCCGAAAGGCACUCUGUUAUUCAGGGCCGGUUCUCAGAAAUAUGAGUUAAACUUUAAAGACAUGGUCCAAAGAAAUUUGUUCUUUGAAACUCGAAGAAAAGUUGUCCGACUACCAAAAGCUCUAUCCCCUCAAUAUGGACACGACAUAAGCCGGUACAUGAAUCUAUCAUUUUCUUCAUGUCCUCCAGAAUGGGACCAAUCAGCAGUGCCUGAUAUUGGGUACAAGUUGGUAGAGCUCAGUUACAGUUCCUGCGAAUAUGUAAAAAUUCAGAGGCUGUUUGAGAAGACAAUGAAAGGUUACAACAUCUGUCGGCUACAGAGGGUCCAGAACCCAGCACUAUGGCAAGUUUUUCAGUGGCAAAAAGAGCAGAUGAAGAAGCUCAAUAAAUCAAAACGUGUGGAUGAGCGGCUCCUGUUCCAUGGGACAAAUCCAUCCCAUUUGCCAGCCAUCUGUGAGCAGAAUUUUGACUGGAGGAUUUGUGGCACUCAUGGGACAGUGUAUGGAAAAGGAAGCUACUUUGCCAGAGAUGCCAGUUAUGCUCAUGACUACAGUUCCUCUAGGAGUGGUCGCUACAGCAUGUUUGUAGCUCAGGUUCUUGUUGGACAAUUUGUUCAGGGAGAAUCUGAGUACCUCCGUCCUCCACCCAGACCCGGCAGUCCCAACAGGCUUUAUGACAGCUGCGUGAAUGACCCAGAAGACCCUUCCAUUUUUGUCAUCUUUGAGAAGUACCAGAUUUACCCUGCCUAUAUUUUGGAGUACCGCAGUGAAACUUCAUGUGUGAUUCUGUAGUGAAUGGCAGAAUCUUCUUUGUAUUUUCACUGAAACACUAGUAUUUUUUUCAUGUUUGUACAAGUUUAGAACUUGCUAAUGUCAAAAUUUCCGUUGAGAAGCUAGAGAACAUUUUGUCAUGCAGCAAACCGAUAUCAAUCCCCUGUAGGAUUUUGGGGCAUAGUUUUUGUUCGUCUGAAGAAGAGGAAACUGCACAGAGGAGAGGAUGGGUGCAAAAAUGCAGAGAGGAGUUUGUAAGAAAAGGAGUUUUCUGAAUGAGUAAAAAUUAUUUCUGACUGCAGGGGGAGUUCACAGAGCCUCCAGCAAUUAGGUGCUAGGUAUUACAUUUAGAAGAUCAGGCAGGGGUCUGGUGGGUGCAGCUCUAAGGGUACACUGUGAUGUGUGACUGCUGAGGUGUAGCUGCUUUUAACUUUGCGUGGGCUGGACUACCAGAUCUGAAGCAGAAGCACUCCUUGAGAAGCCCACGUUAUUUCAGGGUCACUGCACAACCCUCGGUUCGUGUCACUGCUAGAAGGAGCCGUCCCACCUCUGGGUGUGGGUUGCUGCUCUUCUCCCUGUGCUAGUGCUGAUGACUGUACUGGGGUGGGCAGCAUCAGAUGUAGAGCAUUCACCUACUUGAAAACUGACUUAGUCAAAAAGCCAACCAAACAACCCAACCCAACAAAAAAAACAAAGCACAAAACCAGCAACUGCAAACCCAAAAUACCAGCGAGGACAGUUCCCAGCUUUGCUUGUGCCGACCCAAUAAAGAAGAGGGCAGGCUGCACUGCAGUCUUUGGCAAAAGGUGAUGCUGAACCUACAGCCCAAGCAGGGCUUUGAAUGGUAAAAUGUUGGGGAAUAUCUUGGUCAGUGAGUUGCUGAGAGCUGAGACCACUACUGAAAAUGAAAAGCAACUUCAUCAGUGAGUACUUCUUUGUGGGGAUUUUGCUUGAUAUUAUAGAUCUGCUAAAACGUCUUGCGGACCUGAACUUACUGCUACCUCGGGAGCACCUGUGCACCUCCCAGGUUCUGCAGCUGUGAACAAAAGCAUUCCUUAGCACCCUUUCAGGUGAGAAAUGCUUGCAAACAGGCAGCAACACGUGCCAUUGUCAGCAGGCACUGAGCAUGGAUCUGACAGAUAUGUGAGCUUUUCUUUUUCCCCUUGGGGGAAAAAAAAAAGUGUGAGGAGUUCUCUACCCUGUCGAGAAUGGAUUAAAUAACUUCUGACUCAGACACAUGUGACUGACAGCUUCAGAGUCACUGAGGUGGUGGUGGAGAAGGUCCAAAGGAGGAAUGCUGUGAGUAGCCAGGCUGGUUUCUGUGGAGCUCACUGCCUUCUGUGCCAGCCUGAGAGGUGCUGGGUGGGCAGGUGUUGGAGUGGGCUUGUCCCUGAGCAUCCAUAGUGUGUGGAGCUCAUUCUGUUAGUGGGUACGGAGGACACCUGCUCGCAGCAUGGGAUGAAAUGAUCAGUUGGAUCUUGACUAAUGACUUCUGCACCUUUCCAAUAUGUUGCCUGUUUUCAGGGUGCUGUGAAAGUGCUUUAUCUGCAUCUAAUGGGGAGGUUUAGGGAGCGCAGCAGCUGCAGAACACCCAAGGGAGAGGGCCAUGCUGAGAGGUCAGCCCCCUGCUCAGGAGUCCCCAGAUAGGAAAUUUCAGUGUUUAGAAAAAUAGAAAAAAAAUCCUAACACACGCUCACAAAACUCUCCCGCUGCGUGUGAGAGAAAGAGGAAGCAGGGUAUCGGCAGCUUCUCUAGUCAUUCCUUUAGCAAUCGUCUUGCAGGAACCAGCAGCAACCUCAGAAGAAUCAAUUGUGUUUUGCACUUAAAUAAACAAUGCAUUUCUUCCACA